UGUGUCUGGCAAUCUUACGGGGACGUUUGAUGCAAACAAAAAUAAACUGGCAAGGUGGGGCAAAUCAAGCGACGAUCCGGCAGUGCAAUGGUUGGAUUACGUUGUGUACAGUAAAGAGCACCAGCAACCAAAAUCGGUCUCCAUGGUAGCACAUGAUGUGAAGGCAGACCAGGCUUUCAACAUAUGUUGGUGUGGAGGCUGUAUGUUAAAGAGUUCGGAUUAUUUGCCAGGAAGCAGUUGCUCGAAUGCUCAAGGAAUUCGAGACCUUUCUGACCAUUUCCCAGUAACUGCAAAAUUUGAAUUUUAACAUUAAUACACAUUUCAUCGUAAAACACUGUGAUUGAGCGAUUGUGAAUAAAGAUUUUGAUUGAUUACGACUAUUGUUCUGU